UGAAAAAUUAAAGAGGCUUAAAUGUUCUUCUCAAUUCCUAUACGUCUUCUGGUUUAGACAAACACCAUCAUUUCCUUUUUCGAGAAAGGAAAUUAUUGAACAAAUCAACCCACUUGUUGAUUCUUUAGUUUCGUUUGGAUCACCAGUUCGAACAUCUUUGUUUUGUAGAAGCUCUUUUAAAAAUCUCAACUUUAUUGCUUUAUUGGUUUUAAAAAGCUUUGUUUUACGCACACCCAUUUGGAUAUUUUAUCAUUUACAUAUCAGGUAUAUUCUUUUGUACCAUAGAGCUGAGAUCGUAAAUUCGUUUACAAAGGAAUUGAAUACCUAACAUAAUUGAGUUUAUUGAAUAAGCAUUACAAUGGGAACUUCUGAGGUGCUUCUCCAAGUUUUGCCUGGGGCUGCCCCUCGACUUUUGAGUUCUGACAUUGGUUCUGGAAAUUUGGAUUUGGCAUUUUCUUCUGGAUUCCACUUCAAAUGUACAAAGGAAAGGGCUUCAAGGUAUAAACAAUCGUUCAAGUGCUCAAAUAUAGCACAAAAUCGCAUGGGAGUGAAUAGAUUUACAGGGUUAUGUGGUGGUUCCUUUGGGUACUAUGAAGUUUACAAGUUACGGCGUCUGAGUUGCAAAUGCCAAAAGGCUGAAAGUCUCAAUGGGAAGACAGCAGCAGAAGGAAAUGACACAUGGUUUGUUGACAAUGCAAAGACAUUAAACUUAAAUGGUGUUGCCAACAAACCUAAUAUUUUGGAGUUUGAGAAUGUACAGAAAUUUGAGGAGGAAAAUAAGGGUUUGACAUCAAAUGGUUCUGUUGGUUCAAUUAGAGAUACCACAAGCAAGACUAGUGUAGAUCCAAUUGAGGAUGAAGCAUGGGACCUACUUCGGGAUUCUAUGGUUUAUUAUUGCGGAAGUCCUAUUGGUACAAUUGCUGCAAAUGAUCCCACCAGUUCUAAUGUGUUGAAUUAUGAUCAGGUCUUCAUUCGUGAUUUUAUACCGUCUGGUAUUGCUUUUCUGUUGAAGGGAGAGUAUGAUAUUGUUCGGAAUUUCAUCCUCCAUACACUUCAGUUGCAGAGUUGGGAGAAAACAAUGGACUGUCAUAGUCCUGGUCAGGGGCUGAUGCCUGCUAGUUUUAAGGUGCGCACAGUUCCUCUAGAUGGUGAUGAUUCUGCAACAGAGGAAGUACUGGAUCCUGACUUUGGGGAGGCAGCAAUUGGUCGUGUUGCACCAGUUGACUCUGGUCUAUGGUGGAUUAUAUUACUACGUGCAUAUGGAAAAUGCUCUGGUGAUCUCUCAGUUCAGGAGAGAAUUGAUGUGCAAACUGGAAUUAAGAUGAUUCUGAGGUUGUGCCUUGCUGAUGGUUUUGACAUGUUCCCUACAUUAUUGGUUACUGAUGGUUCUUGCAUGAUAGAUCGACGAUUGGGAAUUCAUGGUCACCCUCUUGAAAUUCAGGCACUUUUUUAUUCAGCAUUACUUUGUGCACGUGAGAUGCUGGCUCCAGAGGAUGGAUCAGCUGAUUUAAUCCGAGCACUAAACAAUCGUCUGGUAGCUCUGUCCUUCCACAUCAGGGAGUAUUAUUGGGUUGAUAUGAGGAAACUGAAUGAGAUAUAUCGCUACAAGACUGAAGAGUACUCAUAUGAUGCAGUUAAUAAGUUUAACAUUUACCCAGAUCAGAUUCCUCCAUGGUUGGUGGAAUGGAUGCCUAAUAAAGGUGGCUAUCUAAUUGGAAACUUGCAACCCGCUCACAUGGAUUUCCGAUUCUUUUCUUUAGGAAACCUGUGGUCUGUUGUCAGCAGUCUUGCCACUACAGAUCAGUCUCACGCCAUAUUGGAUCUCACUGAAGCUAAAUGGUCAGAUUUAGUAGCAGACAUGCCUUUUAAGAUAUGUUAUCCUGCUCUUGAAGGUCAGGAGUGGCAAAUUAUCACGGGCAGUGAUCCUAAGAACACGCCUUGGUCCUAUCACAAUGGUGGUUCCUGGCCAACUCUCCUCUGGCAGCUUACUGUUGCUUGCAUAAAGAUGAAUAGACCGGAAAUAGCUGCAAAAGCUCUUCAGGUUGCUGAGAAACGCAUAGCCUGUGACAAGUGGCCUGAAUAUUAUGAUACCAAAAGAGCAAGGUUCAUUGGAAAACAAUCACACCUGUUCCAGACCUGGUCAAUUGCUGGAUACCUUGUGGCAAAGCUUCUGCUUGCGGACCCAAGUGCUGCAAAAAUUUUAAUAACCGAGGAGGAUUCUGAGCUUGUCAAUGCUUUCUCUUGUAUGAUCAGUGCCAAUCCAAGGAGAAAGCGCGGACGAAAGAAUCUAAACAAGACUUACAUCAUAUGAGUUUUAAGUCCACCUAAGAAGGGUAGGAAUUCUACCAAUUUAUGGUUUAUUUAUCCUCUACUGCUGAUAAUAAUAAUAAACAGGAUAUUUAAUUGUAAUGUAAUUAUUAUUCUUUUAGGUAGUUCAGCUGAAAUGGCAACACAGUGCUUAUUCAUGUAUCAUAAUAUUAUUUUGUAAAGAUCGUUUAUAUUGAUUUAAAGUCAUCAUAGCUCUUUAAACAUCAAUAUAUAAUAGAUAACAUUAUUUGAAUUAA